AUGGAUGAUUGGAAGACAGAUUUUAAUAAUAAUUUACUUCAAAUAAAUGACACUAUAAAUAAUUUGAUUAAGAACGACCUUGCAAAACUGAACGAGAUUGUAGUCGAGUUGAAGGCAGAGAUCAAUAAUAUGCGUAAUGAAUACACAGAGAUUAAGACUGACAUAGUAAGAUUAAAAACUCAGCAAGUGGCAACACAAAAAGAAAUUAGUAGUCUCCAGCAGUCGGUACAAUUCAAUGCUGACCAGCAAGACGAGCAAGUAAAAAAAGAUUGA